AUGAGACGACAGACGAUAACCGUUCGGGUGACGUUUUUGUGUAUCGAUCACGAGACGGCGAAUAUUGGAAGAGGGCAUCAGACGCGCGUAUUCCUCAUGGAACGCGAUCCGCUGGAUCCGGAUGAUCUACUCGCCGAGGCCUACACAUCUCCCGACGUCUUCGUCAACAUUAGCGGCGUCGACGACGAAGACGCGCCGAUUGAGCCGUAUCUCAAAGUGCAUCACGCGUGUGGCGCGCGGCGGGGAUGUCGACGAAUCGUUGAGUACCCGAUACCGGCGGACAAGCUCAACGCCAUCUAUCAUAUGGGCUAUGUGACGCUGAACAAUUAUUUUCAUGGCGAGACCGUUGUGUGCGGUUUCGACGACUAA